AUGAACACUUCAAAUUCCGCCCUUGACUUUAACCCUAGUCAACUUAGGAUCGUCUCUAAUAAAGAGAAUAAUUCUUCUUCAUCAAUGAUAUCAUCUCCAUUGGGAAUCACAAAGAUCCCUUUAUCGACCAUCUCGGAAAUCACUUCUUCCUCAUCUAUCAAACCAAGGAUUGGAGGGAUCGGCAAAGCACCUGGAUCAAAACAAGGUGGAAGAUUCAAACCUUAUCCUCGUAUACCUUCUGUUCAAAGGGCUAAAGCGAAAGCUAAUAAACCUGUGUUGGGUAAAGAUGUUUUGGAGAUGAUAGAAGAGAGAAGUAAAGAGAGAAUGAGGAAUGAGAGAAGAGAAGGUGAAAGGAUAAAGUUACCUUUGAGAUUACCGAUGCCUCGAUUUCCGGAGGUGGAAAUUGAUCAGAAUGAAUUUCCCGAUUUACAAGGUGUGCCGGUGGAAUACAUCCGAGACACACUCAACCCUCUCCUUCGUCGAUUCUUAGCUUGUUCACAUAUCUACCGACCUGUUCCUCAUCUAACUCCAUUUCCUCGUCCAAUCAAAACCACCGUCGACGGGAAGACCAGUACUCGGUUCACUGCUCCUGAACUGGCUGUAGCUCCAGCUCCAGUGUAUCAGACAGAUCCUACUUUAGAUCGAUUCAUGGAAACCUUAGGAUGUAAACCGGACGUAGUGUUGGCUAUUCAUAAACGAGAUGACAAUGGUGAUUAUGAAUCGCCCAAAAUCGUUGUUGCUAGUAAAUUAGUUUUAGCCUCUCAAUGUUCUCAUUGGUCCGAACUCACCUCAUGGGAAUCUACAACACCCGUUCCUUAUCUUCACUACACAGGAUCCCCAUUAAAUUCAGCUUUACAAAACUAUAUCUCACCUCAUUCAUCCCAUACCGAUACAGAAUCCAUACCUCAAACCAUUCGUCAAAGAAGCGUUUCCCUUCCACCUACACCACCACCUUCAAAUCCAGAUAAUACAGCAGAAACAGAACAUACUUUAAUACUUCCUGUCAUCCCUAUAUUCUUACCUGAUCCUAAUACUUUCUCUUUAAUAUUCGAUCAUCUUCACAGACCUACAAUUUCGUUAUUACCUUCUUUACUUGAUCUUUCAGCGGAGGAUUGUAAAUCCCGAGAAGGGAUAAUGAAACAACUUCGUGAGUUGAGUUUGGAAGAUUUGUAUAGUAAAUUAAGUAAGAUACAUCGGGUUUGGAAGAAUUUAUGUGUUUUAGGAAUUGGACAAAAAGAAACUUGGUUACAAAUGGGUCAUGCUUGGGGUUGUGUUUUAGGUUGUAUGGUAGGGAAAGGAUGGAAAAAUGAAGAGAUGGAGAUGGAUGAGUGA